GGGAAAGAGGCCGCCGGUGGCGGCGGCGGCAUGAGGCAGGCGACGCGGCGCCUGUGAGCAGCGCGCGGCGGCGGCGGGGAACCUCAGCGCGCGGAGAGCCGAGCGGCCGGGGGCUCCCCUCCCCCGCUGCCGGGCGGUGAUUUGCCGGGCCUGCUGCGCCCCCCGCCCACCCCUCGCCCCAGCGGCCGCCUCACCGCUUCCCUUCGUCGGAGCGGCCGCUCGUCCGCCCGCCCGGCUCGAGGCCCGCGGGGAGCGCGGCGCAGUCUGUUGGCCCGCGGGGGGGCGGCCUCCCGGCAUCUUCGCGGCGCCCAAGGACGACCAGGAAGGGGAGCGGCCGGGAUGGCGCGUCCGCGGCCCCGCGAGUACAAGGCGGGCGACCUGGUCUUCGCCAAGAUGAAGGGCUACCCGCACUGGCCGGCCCGGAUUGAUGAACUCCCAGAGGGAGCUGUGAAGCCUCCAGCAAAUAAGUAUCCUAUCUUCUUUUUUGGCACCCAUGAAACUGCAUUUCUAGGUCCCAAAGACCUUUUCCCUUAUAAGGAAUACAAAGACAAGUUUGGAAAGUCAAACAAACGGAAAGGAUUUAAUGAAGGAUUGUGGGAAAUAGAAAAUAACCCAGGAGUAAAGUUUACUGGAUACCAGGCAAUUCAGCAACAGAGCUCUUCAGAAACCGAGGGAGAAGGCGGGAAUACUGCAGAUGCAAGCAGUGAGGAGGAAGGUGAUAGAGUAGAAGAAGAUGGAAAAGGCAAAAGAAAGAAUGAAAAAGCAGGCUCAAAACGGAAAAAGUCAUACACUUCAAAGAAAUCCUCUAAACAGUCCCGGAAAUCCCCAGGAGAUGAAGAUGACAAGGACUGCAAAGAAGAAGAAAAUAAAAGCAGCUCUGAGGGUGGAGAUGCCGGCAAUGACACAAGAAACACAACUUCAGACUUGCAAAAAACCAGUGAAGGGACCUAACUACCAUUAUGAAUGCUGCAUAUUAAGAAAACCACAAGAAGGUUAUACGUUUGGUUGUCUAAUAUUCUUGGAUUUGAUAUGAACCAACACAUAGUCCUUGUUGUCAUUGACAGAACCCCAGUUUGUAUGUACAUUAUUCACAUUCCUCUCUGUUGUGUUUGGGGGAAAAAAGACAUUUUAGCCUUUUUUAAGGUUAUUGAUUUAAUUUCAUGUUAUUUGGUUGCAUGAAGUUGCCCUUAACCACUAAGGAUUAUCCAGAUUUUUGCACAAGCUUAUACAAGUCUAGGAUCCUUUAUCAAGGCAGUUAUGUUCAUCAGUCUCCUGCCUUUACUCCACCAUCACCAAACACUCAGUUAAAUAUAAAUUAGCAUUUUUUAAAAUGACCACUCAACAUAAUGCUUAAGGGAUUUCCUCUCUGUGACAGAACCCAGGAACCAAUUCCUAGAUACACAAUGUUGGCAUAUUGAAGAUAAACUUAAAAUUGUUCUUCAGUUUUGAGGCCAUGUGUAAAGUUUAAUCAUAUUGUAAAAUAUCUAUUCCGUAUUAGAAAUAGCUAGUUGACAGCUUAUACUUCUCAAAACUCAUGUUGUUAACGUACACAAACUCAGUUUCUAUAUGUGAAGUUAGUUAGUCUUUUGUGUUACUCCAAAAUAAAGGCAAUGAUUUAUUUUUUCCCAAUCUCAGUACAAUUUGAGCUAAUCACUCAAGCUGGAUUCUUUACAUUUUAAAGCUGGAAUCAGCAGUAGCCCUAUGGGAAGUAA